UACUAUAAAAAUUUAAGAAGAUUAUGAAAUUUCCACACAGCUACCCAGAAAGCGUGAGUUGUCAAAUAAUAAUAGACAAAUAAAUAUUGUUGAGCUUCCGUUAUGGAAGACGUAUGCGUCUCGUUAAAAAAAAAGGAUACCAGUUCAAUAUAUGAAGCUGAAGCAGUAGGGACCUGCGAUGGAGGCCGAUGUUUCGAAAGAGCUUGCAUGCCAAUCGAACGACACAUGAGGGCAGCAUUCAACAACAUAAACACGCGACUGUAAAUCUGGCGCUAUCUUCCGAGUGGCCGAAACCUGUUGCCUGUGUCACUUUCUUGUGUGUUUUUGGUCCAACGUAAUAACACCAAAAUGGAUGAGAAGCAGGGACCAACUUCUGAUGAUGUCCCAACUGGGGAGGUAACGUCAACCACAGUUACAGAGGGUGAUGUUGUCAAGAUGCCAACAGAUGUGGCCAUCACUAUGGAUGCUAUUCCCAAUGAAGAUGAGGAGGACAAAUCCAAAGGUCUUGACCCACAAGAUAACCAUUCCACCAGCACCUCUGACGUACCAGUGACUGGCGCUGCCAUAACGGAUCCUUAUCACUAUCUUACACAACAGCACUUCACCUCAGAGAUCUUCAAGAUUGAGAUCCAAAAUCUCCCAAGACACUUUGGAUUUGCAUUGGUUCAACCGGUCACGUGGGAAUAAACUUGAUGAAUACAUCCUGAAAAUGGCUUUGGGGAUAAUGACAGUAUAUGGAUGUGAUUGGACGGAGGAGCAGGUAGUUGGUAGUUGGUUUCAAUUUGGUCAUGUUACUGAUGACGGAAAGUAACAUUCACUCAAAACAUCUUUAAGCACUAAUAUUACUUUGUACAAAGGUAUAUGUAGAUGUAGACAACAGCAAAAGAAAGAGGAGAUUUUCUUUUCUAUCA